UUGAGUGCUCGUAAGUGGGUUACUGCCUCAGCCUGUGCUGAUGUGGGCAUUCAUUAAUUUGGAAGUGAAUCAUGUUUAUCCUUAUUUCCUUGAUGGUAAUUCUUCUACUGUUAAUGUUUCACCAUCACUCGUGCUGUUUACUGACAAAGACAACUCAUCCAAACCUACAAACAUAAAAAGGCAUCCCUCCUGCACACCCUGUAAAGAGUGCUAAGCAGUACAGCUCUCCCCACAGGAAGUUCUGAACUAUUUGUGAAUUAACUUGUCACCGCACAUGUUGCCUGUUUGUUCUCAAAAGGAUAUGUCAAGAAUACGUGACAUACACUUUUUUAUACUUGCAUUGAUAUGCUGUGAAAGUGUCACCCUACAGCGUUGUCUAGAUACUCAGUUUUGCUGAUGUAAUUAAAGCAGAGAUAGAAAAGUAAGAUAUGUAUGUAAAUGUAUGCUGAAAAAUACUGUCUAAAACAGUAAACAACAGUAUAUAUGUUAUACUGAUUUAUACCCAGCUUUGUUCGUCAUUUUCUAGAGUCAUUUUUAAAGAAUAAAAUCACAACGUGGCUUAAUGAAGAGCAUGGAGCAAUUUCUUAUCAUUGUGCUUGUGGCAGGGGGAAUUCAUGCUCACGUUUCAGUUGAUGAGACUACGUGUGAUCUUACCAAGAACACAUGCCCAUGCGCUCCUCUUCUUAAAGGAACUGUGUAUAUCCAAGUGAUGACUGAUGCUAGUGGCCGUGAAAUGAAGUGUUUGAAGGUGCUUCCCAAGGUGAACAUAACUGUGUUCAAUAUAAAGAAAGAAAAAAUAACAACAGACAAGGAAUUUAACAACAGGCUACAGUUUAUAAUCAAGAACGGGACACUCAAGAUCACAAACGUGAGGAGGAAUGAUUCAGGUCACUACAGCAUUGAGGUCUUUAAUUCAAAUGGAGUCCAAGAGAAAAACAUUCAUUUCACCCUGGAUGUUAAAGCUCUGGUUCCAGUUGAUGAGACUACUUGUGACCUCAGGACGAGCACAUGCCCAUGCUCUCCUUUUCUUGAAGGAACUGUGUAUAUCCAAGUGAUGAAUGAUGCUAGUGGCCAUGAAAUGAAGUGUUUGAAGGUGCUUCCCAAGGGGAACAUAACUGUGUUCAAUAUAAAGAAAGAAAAAAUAAUGACAGACAAGGAACUUAACAACAGACUAACAUUUAUAAUCAAGAAUGGGACACUCAAGAUCACAAACGUGAGGAGGAAUGAUUCAGGUCAAUACAGCAUUGAGGUCUUUAAUUCAAAUGGAGUCCAAGAGAAAAACAUUCAUUUCACCCUGGAUGUUAAAGACAAUGGAAAAGUUGAAGGUAUGGGAACUUACUGUGAUGGCAGCAAGGAUGGAACUAAGUGCUACAGAGCUUUGGGAGGAACUUUGGACAUCCAUCUGGGCAGCAUCUCAGAAAUACUUGAAUACCAAUUGUUGAAGCGUUCAUUAAAAAUAUUUAAUGUGAAAAAGAAUAUGAUCAGUUUUAAAACCACAGAACAUAGAUAUCUUUUUCUCAGUAAUGGGACAUUUAGGAUCAAUAACUUGAGCAGGAGUGACAGUGAUAAUUAUACCCUUCAAACCUUUGAUUCAGAUGGAAGAAGAUCAGACGAGCGUAUUUUACAGUUGUUUAUUCAAGCUCCUGUGUCCUCUGUCCUGUUGGUCUCUGAGUGUCUGUCCCAGGGAGAGAUGAGGGUGUCCUGCUCCUCUGAGGGAGGGGACAGUCCUCAGUACAGCUGGACUCUGGAUGGACGCAAACUGACAGAUGCUGAGCUCCUUUCUGUAAAUAAUGAGAGUAACAUCAUCACUCUGAAACAGAACGUCUCAGGACGUCUGGUCUGCUCUGUCAGGAACAACGUCAGUGAUGUCUCCAAAGAACAGAUGAUAUCUACCUGUGGAGCAGGAAUUUUACCACUGAUGGGUGGUGUUCUCUCAGCACUGAUAAUUUUCUUAAUUGUGGCUGUAGCAGUCAUGUGUUCUCGGAGAAAAAAACAAAAAAACAAACCUACAAAACAGGAAGAAGAUGACCAGGCAAUAAUGUUUACUGAUGUCAGUCUCACACAACAGCAAGGAAAGCAAGUUGUCCAAAGAGGGGAGAUGGAGGUGGAGACAGAGUAAUCCCAAGUCACCCACGUCAUUUACCCAGGGUUGUGAGUUUGAUGAUGUUUUGGGGUUUUACUCAUUUUUAAAUUAAUUUUGUUCAAUGGGGCUUUAGGUUCAUUGUGGGUAAUGAUGAGUUUGGUGUUCAAGCUCAAUAAUCUUUUGUUCACAUUCUACCUUCUGUUUACCUUUGAGUGUCAUCUAUAUAUCUAUAUUUUUAGUUCAUGGUUUCUUUUAUAAUGUUAGUUCCCUUUCAUUGGGAGUAACCAGGAUGGACAAGAGUAGAAAUUAGUAUAUUAGAGGCACAGCUCAGGUUGAGCAGUUUGGAAACAAAAUGGUUGUCAUGUUGGACAUGCAGAGAGCUGAUAUGAUAGGAGAGGAUACUAGGGAUAGGAAGACGGACUGCUGGGACGGCCCCUAAAAAUAUCAGAUGGAAGACGAAGAGGUAUUCCUGACCUGUCCAGACAGUUCAUAAUAAAACAUCAGAGGUUAAACCUCUAAAUCUGCCUCCUGAUUUUAGUGUCUCAUUUUCUCCAUAUACUGUAUUGUAUAUACAGUAAUUGUAAUCAUGAACACAGGUUACAAACAUUGUACAAACUGCUUUUAUUAAAAAAUGAAUUCACUAAAAAAUGUGCUGCAGUCUGUGUUCAUCAGUCCAGAUUUAAAUAUAGUGACACAGUAGAUAUAACAAAAAUGAAUAAAAGAAUAAAAAUGAGGCUCUUCAUUUUCAAACCUGCAUGUGUACUUGUGGUUUGUGUAGCAGCAGUUACUAUUGCUUCACUUCCUUCUGUGCACAAUGACGGUUUUACCUGACAUAUAACAUCAAUGAACAGAACUUCAGACAACACUUCAAAACUGAGCAAAACAACAAGCAUUGAUGUCUGUGAAGGUGUUUCAAGGUUUGAAGGAAUCUGUUAUUUACACACUUUAUUUUGUAAUGUUUGUGUAAACCAACUUCAAAGUGCUUAAUAACCCCUUUAACUUGUUAAUUUAACUUAGUUGUAAAUAUUAAGUGUCAAUGAAAAAGUGUAAUAAGUUGGACAAUAUUGCACAUAAUGUCCUCUUUGUAUAU